CAACUUGAGCAGCACAUUCCAGUGUGUACUGUACUGGAGUAGAGAUAUUUCCCCGACUGUUUCUCAUUGUUUCUUCCUCCAUCCCUCGCUCAUCAUGGCAGCUCCAAUCCGGGAGGGAUACCUCCACAAGGCUCACCCCAAGGAGUCAUUCCUUUCUAUGACGGUCUGGCAGAAAAGAUAUUUUGUGCUCUGGUCUCAAGGCACCCUGGAAUACUACACCAGCUACCAGAAGAAAGGCGAGGAGUACCGUGGGACGCUCAACUUGUACCAGUGUCAAGACAUGGAAGCACCAUAUGCUGUAGGAAAGAGACAAAACGUUAUCAAACUAACAGUCUUGAAAGAAGGAAAGGAGAAGGAUUACUGGCUGGACUGUGAAUGCCCGCCAGUUCUUAACGACUGGAUACACUCGCUGGCUGAGGUUUCUGGACUCAGCCCUGAUGAAAAUAAUAGAAUUAAGAAGUCUCUACCAAAUGUGACUAAUCGUCCUCGACCGCUUCCUUCUACUCCAGCCCCAGCCCAAGCUCAUUCUUCUGUACCAAAUGAUGUUGAGCAAGACUCUGAUGAUGAGGUUAUGGAAGGUGAUACUUAUGAAGUCAUUGAAGACCCAGUAACUCCAGCUGACUACUGCUCGGAUUCAUUCAUAAAAUUCACAAGACCCUCGGAUCCUAGAGGUCUCCUUAAAGACCCUAAAUUUACCGGCUCACCCAUCAACAUUCCUUCGAUGCUUAAACGAAGCGCCAUCACAGAAAACCAGGCCCACGUGAGUCCUCCUCUGUCUCCUGGGUCAAGGAAACCAAUGCCGCCUCCUCCUCCUUUAAAGCCAGUGAAGCAAACUGAGGGAUUUAAUAUUGGAGAGUUGCAGAAGACGUUGGAGAAACGAGGGUCCAGUAUGUCACCAGGCACAGUAAGUAAUGGAAGUAACGAAUGGAAUGGACCUACAGAGGAAUAUGAGGAAGUACAGUUCUCUGCUGAUGUUGUGGUAGGUACUCCUCGUUCUCAACGUGAUCGCUGGAAUACUUAUGAUAAUCAAGCUGAAAUUCCAACUGCUUUUACAUUUCCAAAUGAAGAACUCUCAGCUAGUUAUUCUCCACGUGUAGCACCUUCAGUGCCUCCAAGAGACACAAAGGGAUCCACUGGCUCAUUCACAUUCUCUAACACUCACUCAAAGCCAAUGGACAGGCCGUUAUCCCCAGCCCUGCCUGGAGCCCGCUUAAAGAAAGCUCCUUUAUCAACUCCUUCAGUUCUCAAUAAGUUUAAGGACUCUAGCCCACCUCUUCCUCCUCCAAGAGAAGAAUCAACUCGGAGCCAGUCCAACGCCAGCAGUGAGACUUCCCCUCCUCCUCCGCCCAUCCCUAGGAGAAUACCAGGACAGAGUGACCGUUCAUCCGUGAGAAGCGAGUCUUUGCUCUCCUCUGUCUCCUCCAACAGGAACUCUAAUUCUCACACUAUGCCUCUUCCUAUGCAUAACACUCAGUCAAACUCGUCUAAACGGAUCCUUCCAUACAGGACAACCGAGAUAAUAGACCUAGCCUCCUCUUCGUCCACUUCCUCUAUCGCUUCCUCUUAUUCCGCUCUUGAGAGCGAUUCUUCAGGGGAUGCUGUCGUUUCAAGGGUACAGCAUCAAAGAGCUAAUCUGGAUCCUCUCCCUCUUCCCCACGAGAUUCAGAGAGUCCCUUCUCCAAAGUUAGUUCCGCCGGUGAAACCGAAACCAAAGCCAGCCCCGCCUGUGAAGCCGACUAAACCACACGCUGGUAGCCUUAGCAACGAUAGAGGUGUGACUGAUAGGGGUGUGGUCAGUAAUGCUGGGAGUGGUUCUCCUUCUAAUCGACCCCCAGCACUUCUUCCUAAACCAACGAAACCAAAACCCUCUGGGGUAGGUGGAGCUAGGAAUAAGCCGGGCGGAGACCCACUCGUUAUAUCGACAGUUUCCAGCCCAUUUGCUAAGACAUUAGAAGCUAAGUUAAGUGGUAAUGUGGUAGGCGGGGCCAGUAACAAUAUGGGUGGAGCUAGUAGCAGUGUGGGUGGGUGGGACUCAAGAGGUAAAAGACCUCCAAUGCCUCCUCCUAAACCAAGAACAUGAUAUUAUAGUUCAAUUAUUUCUAGUAUUUUUUUUGUUAUAUUUAGUAGCUUCUAAUACAUGAUGCACAUAAUCAAAACAUUAUUUUGUAUUGUUAUUAUUUUUAUUAUUAAUAUUGUGUAAUAAUAAUUAUUACUAUUAAUAACAUUUUGUUGUUUUUGAUGGCUUAAUUUCAAUGAAAUUA